UUAAUCUCAAGACUCACAUGUUAUUAGUCAAAUGUGAAGUUCUUGCAUGUUGGGCAAAAACAGAGAUUUGUGAUCCUUGGAAAAUUCCGAGCUUUCAAAAGAAGAGGUUGACGCGGUCUAUCUAUAUGGGGGAUAAAGGAAAACAUACAAGAUUUCAAGAUGAAAUAGAAGGUAUAGAUAGAAGAAAAAGUAGUAGAAUUAUUGCCAUGGAGGAGAAGAAGAAGAAGCAAGAAAGAGAGAGAAAACUUGCAAUGGAAAUGAAAAAGAAAAACAACUCAGUCAACCCUGAGAUGAAAGAUAAAGGUAAAGGCAAGGCGACAAUAGAGGUAGGAGAUGACUUGAGUUAUUUUAAUAAAGAUGAUAAGGGGCGCAAGAACAAAGAAGUGUAUCAAUUGAUCUCUUCAAUUAAGUUAAUACAGGAAUCUGGAAGGGACACUCACAAUGCAAGUGCUUUAGAAACAAAUGGCUCAUAUUUGAAUGGUAUGCCAUUGAAGAAAAUUCUUAACAAUAUCAUUGAUUUCCUACAGAGGAAAGAUACAUAUGAGUUAUUUGCUGAACCAGCCAAUCUUGAUGUGGUGGAUAAUUAUCAUGACAUCGUAAAGCAACCAAUGGAUUUUGGUACCAUGAGGGCCAAAUUACAUGAGGGCAUGUAUACAAACAUCGAUCACUUCAAGCGUGAUGUCUUCCUAAUAUGCUCCAACGCAAUAAAUGUCAAUCCCCCAACCUCAAAAUAUCACCAAGUGGCUGAAGGUAUUAGUAAAUAUGCCAAGCAGAUUUUUGAGGCUUUAAGAGAAGAGCCUCAACAUUCUGAAUUGAAAGAAUUUUCCCAAAACAAGAGGCGUCCAAGUAAAAAGUCAGAAGAUGGGCAACGAAGAACCUCACCGAGGGUUUCUCCUAAACCUGCUGGGAGAACAAAUGCUACUGAAACAGAAAAGAGGCACAUGUACUGGCCUCCAAAUAAGCCAUUGGUAGCAGAAGUGCUAUGUGGUAACAAGCCAAACAUUCAAUUGAAUGAAAAUCAGCUUAACUACAAAGAAAGUCUACUAAGGUUCGUGGAGCAUUUGGGACCAACAGCUAAAAGAGUUGCAGCGAAAAAACUAGAAGCACUUGAAGAUCAACAACGUUUGAAUGAUGACACUACAUUGCAGAACCUCCCCGAAAAUGCUUCUGGGACUCAAAUUAUCCAGCAGCAAACUCCGCAGAUACCAACACUGCCAGAACUUUUCAAUGUUCAGACACUUGCUCUUGCCCAACCCAUUUUUAAUAGGCCACUCACAAAUCCUGGUUUUGCAGCCUCGCUAAACAGAAUUGUCAACACUCAUGUUGGCAAUGUUAACACCAAUCUGUCUUCCAGCAAUGCGUUUUCCAUGGUGCAUCCAACACACCUAAUCUCGGGGCCUCAACCAAGGCCUGAAGGCGCUGUUAACCUCUCUGAUCUGUCUCUUAUGUCUCAGACAAGGCGAAGAUCCUCAAUGUAUGACAUGCCUGCCAAUAUCCUUACAGGGAAUUCUCUUGUGCAGCAGCAUCAGCCAUGGCCUGCAGGUUCCAUUUCUAGCCAGAAUCCCCUAUGGCCUCAUUUGUCUCAAUCAAAUCAAAGAGAAUCAAUUCCAGGCACCUCAUAUGAUCAUGCAGGGAACUUUCAAGUCAUGUUUGAUGCACAACAUUUCAACAAUAACAUUUGCCCUAUGCUGGCAAGUUAUGACCAGGUUCUGCCACAAGCUCAAAUGGGGCCUCAUGGAGAUGGACCAGUUCCUUUACAAGAACCAGAUCCAUCAUCUUCUCUACAAAUGGUCUUAGGAGGGGCAAUAAAUCAUUAUGGAGAACAAGGGCAGCCAGAAGAGGCUCUUCUACAGCUUCCUUGGGAGGGUGAUCAGCUACCUAACUUGGAUCUUGGCCUCUAAACAGAGUACAUCUAUGAUACUGGUCUGUUAAAGCAAGGAAGAAUCAAAUCCUUUGAGUUUUUGUUAUUUAUAUAGAUACUAUCUUUUGCACCUUAGAGUAUGCUGAUUUGGUUGGUUAGUUUGGAAUAGCUUAUGAUGUUUUGAAUUGGAAACCAGUACUGUUUGCUUUCAACAACUUACAACGUUUUCUCAGUUUGAUUGGUCAAUGAGAUGGAACAAAUUGGAUUUUAUUUGGAUGA